UACCAAAGCGAAAAAAGUUUGCGCGGGAAAGUCAUCAAAGCUUCACUACAACUGUUUUCCCAGAGAGCAACCAUUACCGCCAUUUUUAGAGACUGGGCUGCAGAUCUACCGUCAAAUUCUGCCGGAGUUCUACAUUCUGCGUCAAAUGGAACAAUUUUAAGCGAGCUAGAGGAAUUCGAACAGGUGGUCUCGCAAAGUUGAGCGGUUAAGGACCCGAACAAGAUGGAGCUGGAGGGAUUUUCAGUGGUGUGCGCAGGGCUUGGGUGUGCAUCUGAAGAUGCCAAUGGAAGGCGAAAUGGCUACGUUAAAAGCGAUAAUUGUCUUGAGAAUUUGAGGGACUUGCAGCGAUUUCUUCGCAGAGAUCAUCCACAAACAAGAGAUGUGUUCAAACAACUAGGCAAGUGGAAUACAAUGUCGCAGGACUUGAUACCUAUCAUUGAGCAUUAUCGAGAUGAACCGGAGACUAUAGUUAAUGCUGUAAAGGUAAUAGUUUUCCUUACCAUGCCCAUUGAUCCUUCUUCUGAUGACAUCUCACUACAAAUGGAAUAUCUUUGGAGCUUUAAGGAAUUGUUUUCCCGGAAUGAUUCGAUUGCUGUCAUUGUUUCUCUUUUGGAAGAACCACUGGAACAUUUGGAAUGUGGGGCAUUCACGGAGGAUGAUUGGAAGAUCAUCCAGUUGGUGUUCACACUGUUCCGUAAUUUACUGGCUGUUCAAGAUCCUUCACCUCAACAGAUGAUGGGCAGAUCUGCUUCCCAGUUUCCAUUUUUAAGGGAUGCUUUCUUGGAGCAUUUGUUUCAUGAAAAUGUGAUGGAUCUGCUUCUAGCAUUGACUCAACAUGUUUCUGGCAUGCAUGGUUUUCUUAAACAAGAUAAUUUGCUGCUACUGGAGAUUUACCAUUAUAUUUUUUGGGGUCAGCGGCCUGAUCUAGUAGCUUCAGCACAACAAAUGAAUUCAAAGAAGGACAACAAAAUACUCCAGUCAUCAGGAGUUCUACAGUCAAUGAUGGAGGAGGAAGAAGAACAGAGAAGACUUUCACGCCUAAGAGAUUUGCCUCGCCAUUCACUAUUCUGUGGAACAUUUGUUAGGCUUGCUCCGGAUGGUUCAAAAAGGAUUGUGAAGAGGAACCCAUUUGUCACUCCUGCUGAGAACAUACUUAAGACACGGCAGAACAAACGAGGACCUGUUAAACGCAUUGCAUGUGAUACUAAUAUUCCAUUGUCAUCUAAAGAGAGUGUUCUGGGACUCCUCCAGAACUUUGCAGACCAAUUUCUCGACGUGGGUUAUAAUGUGUUAAUGCAGUCUGUAAGGGAGGACAUUAGAAGAGAGCAUCCUGCAAUUCAGAACAGUGAUAUCAUUGUAUUCUUUGAAGUGGCUUGUUUUUUCACAGCAUACCAGCGGUGUCGUGUUGCCAACCAUAAGGGAAAAAGUGGUGGUGCUGAUGUUAAAAAAUACGAUGAGAAAGGCAAUAAUGAUACAUUGUUCCGAGGUCUUAUUUGUGGUCCUAUUGCAUCAACUAUGAAUGAAGCUAUGUUCUACCUUGUUGUAUCUAAGUGGCAUCGUUCUUUUGAAGCUUUAAAGGAAACAAAUGAUCUGAAGACUUUAACAGCAGCAGGAGCUCUGGUGAAGGAAAUGAUUCACAUAUUAGAUUUGGUGCUUAAGAUUUCCCGCAACAGUUUGAGGGAGACAGAACAAGAGGAUCGGACUGCACGCAUACUUCUUUAUAAGGUUUUCUAUGAUCAGACAGAGGAAGGAAUUACACAUUUUCUUCUUACCCUCAUUAAAUCUUUUGAUAUUCAUAAGCAACCUCGGAGUUAUUUAGCAGAUCUGGUGGAAAUGACACAUAUUAUAUUGCGUCUCAUGGAGGCCCUCAAAGAAGCAGAUGGAACUUUGAGGGUUCUCAAGAAAUCUCGAAGAGGCAGGAAGAAGAAAAAGCUGGCUGGUAAUCAGCAGGAACAAGUUCCAGUACAAUCCAGAGACAAUGAGAUCUCAUCUAACGCCAGUGAAAUUGGAAGUGAGAAGAGAUCCGACUCUAAUGAACAGGUGAUGAAUAAUACAGCAAAAUUUCAUGAAGAGGGAUCAAGCACAGAAAUGCAUAUGGAUGAUGUGGACGAACACAACAGAAUAUCCAAAUCUGAUGACAAUGGAAGAGUGCAGCACAAAAUCUCCUUGGAGAAUGCCGAUGAAUGUGAAGAAGAAAUAGAAUUCUUGGAAAAGAACACCCAAAAUGGAACAAUUAACUCACUGGAUGAUGGAGAAAGCAACUCAGAAGAUGAUGAUCGGGGCAACAGAGUUGACAGAGUUGAAGCAGAUUUUGAUAUCCAGAAGUUUAUAAUCUCCUUUGCUGACAACCAUGUUGUUCGAAAUUACUGUUGGUUACUCAUGUUCUACAAGAAAAAUUCCGCUGCUACAAAUCAUUAUAUAAUUCGCAUGUUGCAGCGUAUUUGUGAUGACUGUAUGUUGGAACCAAUGCUUUAUCAGCUAUCACUAUUUUCUCUGUUUUAUGAGAUUCUCUCAGAUCAGAGGACAUUACAGUCAGAGGAAUAUAAAAAUAUUGUCCAGUUCCUCACAAAGAUAUUGCAUGGUUUUUUCAAAAAGUUGAAGGAUCAGCCUUUUCUUUUUGUUGAGAUACUCUUCUGGAAGACUCGCAGAGAGUGCGACAUGAUUAGCACAGAUCAGUUAUUGUCUCAGGUGAACAAAUGGAAGAACAAAUGGGACCAUUCCAUGCAAAAAAACAUUGCUAAUGCUUUGGGUGAUGAUGAAGCUGACGGGAUUAAUAAACGGCAAAGCACAGAGGUGCCAUAUAAGAAAAAUAUUGCUGAUGCCCUUGGUGAUGAUGAGGCCGAUAUGCCUUUCAGUGAACUUGAUAAUCACGAGAAGGAGACUUAUACAAAAGAACAGAUAAGGAAAUCUCCGAAAAAGAGGAAGAGCUUUAUUUUCAGUGAAGAGGAAGAAGCUCGAAUCAAAGAGCUUUUUGAGCAGUAUAAAGAAAGUAGAAGAUGUAGCUUUAUGAUUGCAGAGGCACUUGAUCCGAAUGGAAAGUUUUCAACAGUCCAAGUUUCUCGUAAACUUAAGCAGCUCGGUCUCAAACUUGCAUCAAGCAAGCACAAAUCAGGAAUUGACAAGUUGCUUAGUGAUGAAAAUGAUGAGAGUGAAGAAGAUGUACAAGACAAGCCUAGUUCAGCUGAAGCUGGGAAAACUUACAGGAGAAGACUCUUUUUGGAAUCUGAGGAUGAGUCAGAACAUGAGAUUCAACAAAAUGAUUCAUUGAAAGCUUCUGAGAAGCAAAAGUUUCCCAUAAAAGACAAGAACAAGAAAUCUCCCAAGAAGAGGAAGAGCUUUGUUUUUAGUGAGGAGCAAGAAGCUCUAAUAAAGGAGCUUUUUGAGCAGCACAAAGAAAAGAGAGAGUGCAGCCAUUUGAUUGCAGAAUCACUAGGCCUGUCAGUAUCACAAAUUAAUAUUAAGCUCAAGCUGCUUGGCCUUAAGGCUAUCUCAAGAAAAAGGAAAGUAAGGGUAGAGCUGCGAGAUGAAGAUAACAUGAAUGAAGAACCACUGGGAACCGACUUAUUGAAAACAUCUGACAAGCAAAAGUCUUCCACAAAAGAUAGGAAUAAGAACUCUCCCAAGAAGAGGAAGAGUUAUGUUUUUAGCGAGGAGCAGGAACGUCUAAUGAAGGAACUUUUUGAGCAGAACAAAGAAAACAGACAGUGUAGUCAUCUAAUUGCUGAAAGACUUGGUCUGCCUGUAAUUCAAGUCAAGCGUAAGCUUACACUGUUUGGCCUCAAAGUCAGCUCAAAAAAACAGAAAUCUUGUAUUGGAGAGCAAGCCAAUGUUAAGCAUGCUGAAAAUUUAGCAGGGGUGGAAUAUGAAGAUGACUCAGAUCAUGAGCCACUUAUGUCUAUGCUAUCAAAAUCCCAAAAUAUUAGACAUCAGAAGAGAAAGCUGUCUGAAGCAUUGAAUGAACCUGUCGAGAAAUCUGGAAUGGUUGAGCACUAUAGUGAUAAGGUUGAUAAGCUUGUAUCAGACUUGGUGGAUGAAGGUGACUCAGAUGACGAAUUACUUAAUUCCAGUUUAAAGAGGUCUCAGAAUACCAGAUUAUCAAAGGGAAAGAUGACCAAUGCAUGUAAAAAACCUCUGAAGGAACCUGUAUUUGAUGAGGAUUUCCUCCACCAGGAUGAUAAAACUGCGGCAAGGGAGAGAGUUGAAGAUGAUACAGAAAAUGAGACUCUUAUGACAAGUUUAUUGAAGACCCAGAAGAUUAAACGACAGGAAAUAAAGGUGUCGGAAGUGUAUAAUGAGCCUGUCAGGGAAUCUGGAAUUGCAGAGCAUUGCAGGGAUAAGGAUGAUAAUAUUGUAUCUGUGCCAGAAGUUGAAGAGAAUUCAGAUGAUGAGUUGCUUAUAACAAAAUUAGGGAGAUCUCCAAAUAUGAGACUAUCUAAAGGAAAGGUGGCCGAGGCAUAUGAUAAGCUUGUGAAGGAUAAUGAAACAAGAACAAAGGAGGCAGUUGAAGAUGACACAGCACAUGAGACUCCUCUGACAGUUACACAUUUAUUGAAGGGCAGGUUAAAAAGGCGGCUGAGCAUUGAAAAUGGCAAAGCUGGCAGAAUUAAGAUUGCAGACCAAUCUCUAGUGAACUUAGCUGAUAAUUCAAAUGAAAACAUAUCAAAUGGCAAGAAUAAUGGUUCUCUUGCCAAUGAAGGGGCUGGUACUGAAAUGCUUGAAGAUUCAAAUUCAUUUGAAGACGAUAUAUUAGAAACUAACUUAGAAGAAAAUUUACAUCCUCUUGUAAAUGAAGAGGCUGGUACUGAAAUUCUGGAAGAUACAAUUUUGUUAGAAGAUAAUUUGGAAGAAGAUAAUUUGAAAGAAAAAUUAUUAAAAGCUAAGGAUGAUGAUUUAUCUCUGGGUGAAGAGGCUGCAGCAACAAAAACACUGAAAGAUACAAAUUUGUUAAAUGACAUGGAAGAAGAUAGCUUGGAAGAAAAACUAUCAUUGCACAAGGAUAAUAGUUUUCUUGUCGAUGAAGAGGCUGAUAUGGAAACGUUGGAAGAUGUAGGUUUGUCAAGGCGGGGAAGGAGGAGGCUGAACAUGAUCAUUGAAGAUGAUGAUUAGAAAGAACAAGUGAAGUCAACUAACUCUGUUUCCAGUGAUAUGUAAGUUAUUGGUGCUGUCUUUUUUUUGUAUAUGAGGUAGCAGUUUGUUGGCUGCUAUGAUUCUGUAAAUACUGGUCAUUGAAUUAAUAUCAAGAUUAUAAUCUUAAGCAGAGAAUGAUUUUCUGCACAGAGCUGGAUAUUCCUACGAUGUUCAUUUGGAUGUUUCUUUAUCGUGGCAUCUGUGUUAUUAGAUAUUCCUUUCAGGCA